GGUAAGGAAGGCCCCAGCUCAACCUCACAUUGUGGAAGCCCAAAGUGGCCCCAAGGAGAGACGCUGUUCCAUCUCGUCCCCAAAGAGAGAUGCCAACUCCAGCUCCAUCGGUCUACCCCUACAACAGAUGCCACGCCCGACCAUCCGGCCAAGCCCUGCCGAAAGUCCAGUCCCACAGAGAUGGGAAAGUGAUCACUGUUGUAUGAACCGCUGAGUUUUGGUGUUGGUCCGUCACACAGUGACUGAUAACUGAUGGUGGCCUCUCCCUUUCCCUUUACAAAUGAGGAAACUUGACUUGCCAAAGGUCACAUAGCUUGUAAGCGACAGAGCCACCGCUUUGAGCCCAGCUCAGGGCUCUUUGCAAAGCGUUACAAGCUGACAUCUGAAAAGCCCCAGAAAGCUUUAAAUCGAGACACCAAGGAGAACUCGCCUCUGAGCCCCGGAGGGUGCUUCUCCACAACUGGACACUCAUGCGUCCCUUUCCUGUUCCUAUCUCAGAACAAUGACAUUCAGGUCUGCCACGGGAGCCCCUUCUCUCUGCUUCUGCACCAUGCUCUGCUGUUCGGGGAACCCCACGCCCUUGGGAGCAGGAAUCAGCCCUUCCCUGCGUGUUUGCAUUUAAAGAUCGCUUCCAGCUGGCAAUCGUCCCCUAUGGGCAGGCACAGCGCCAAAGACUUAGCCUGUGAUAUCUCGUUUAGUCCUGCCGGGGCCCUGAGUCCUCUCUCCCACUACUGACGAGCCCGGCAUGACUUGGCUCCGUUCUCCUGUCCAUCCGUAGGCGACAUGUUCCUCCGACACACCUGCAGCUCUCUGCCCGGCACAUCUCUGUUCCACUUUGGAACAACACCAUUCCCACUCAUCCUUAGCGGGGGAGUCUCCGUGCGCACGCCGCGUCCUCUGGGAGACCUUCCCCCCAACCAAAUUAGGUCCUCGUGGGACUGGGAUGGAGGCUCGCAGAGUAUACCAACCCAAAAUAUGCCACUUUGGCAGAAACAUUAUUUUGAACUAAAGACACUUCAAAAACAAACAAACAAAAACCCCAGCAAGUGCUAGAAGGGUGUUCCGACUUCCUCUUUUUCCCCCUGAAAGCAGGAAAUAGAAUUCCCAUGUGAAAGAUAUCCUUCUUGGACCAGGAGGAAAGAAAUAUCCCUACUGCCAGAGAUAGGAAGUCAAAGCCAAGAGAAUUCUUUACCAACAGACCUUGUUAAGAAAAUCCCUCCUCUGGGGGCAGAACGCCGCGUUCCGUGUCUGCAAAGACUCCACCCUCCAGGUCUGUGACUCCUGUGAUCUCUUCCGGGAAGCUUUCCUCCAUCCUUCCUUCGGAGCCGGAGCGGGCGGCUGUCCUCCGGCUCCACACCGUACAGGGUUGAAUGGCGUCUGGGACUUCCCACACACAUCGGCUUACCUGGCUGCCUGCCUUCUUGGACGAGGUGCAAAGUGAGGCCAGACUAUACAACUUCCUUGUGGAAAUAAACAAAGACCACCCAGAUGAAGACAAAGACGUUCUCCAUUCAGAGCUUGGUACAGCAAGAGAGGCAGCCACUCUUACUCGUGUUUGGCAGAGACUCCCAGACAGACCAGGGACUGAGGGGAGCCCCAGAGUGGCCAAAAGGGAAGGCUCAGUUUGUAGCAGAAACUACGCAUGCUCUGCCCAGGAAGCAGCUGAUACCAACGCCAGAGAUUAUCAGCAAGCGCCUUGGCAGAUCUUGGUUGACAGACAGGCCUUGAUGCCUCAGCCAUCCCCGCGUGCUGGACGGUCUCUCCGAUUUCCCCUUGAGAUCCCUCGGUGCUUCCCAAGCCAGGAGUUCCUACUUCACUUCCGGCCGGGAAGCUUUAUUGUGGCCAUUUCACAGCUGGAAAGGAUGAAGCCAGGUCCCCAGACGGCGAGAAGCCAAACCAGGAUUCAGCCCCACGCGGAUUUCACAGCUGGAAAGGAUGAAGCCAGGUCCCCAGAUGGCGAGAAGCCAAACCAGGAUUCAGCCCCACACGGAUUUCACAGCUGGAAAGGAUGA